CGUCGUUUCCUUUCAACAUCUAAUCUCAGGGAUUGCUUUUCUCUGUAAUCUUCAUCAAUGGCGUUCUCUUCCCUCUCUCUCUCUCUCCUCCUCGCUUUACUUUCUCUCUCCGAAGCCACGUCUCCGGGCAGCGGCCUCAUGCUGACCCUGGUCAACAACUGCCCGUACCCAAUCUGGCCCGCAAUCCAGCCCAACGCCGGUCACCCUGUUCUCGAACGCGGUGGCUUCUGCCUCCCAUCCCUCUCACACCGCUCCUUCCCAGCUCCCUACGAGCACUGGUCCGGCCGAGUCUGGGCGCGAACCGGCUGCGUCGGUCAGAACGACUACCUAACCUGCCAGACCGGUGACUGCGGCGGGAAACUCGAAUGCAACGGCGCCGGUGGGAAAACCCCAGCCACUCUAGCACAGUUCACCCUCCACCACGGCCACAAAGAUUUCUCCUCCUACGGCGUGAGUCUAGUCGAUGGCUUUAACAUUCCCUUAACCGUGACCCCACAUGAAGGCCAAGGCGUGUGCCCUGUGGUGGGGUGUAAAGCCAAUCUCCUCGAGACGUGCCCACGUGAGCUCCAGGUCCACGCGCCUGACCAACACGGUAAAGUAAUAGCCUGCAAGAGCGGGUGCGAGGCGUUGAACACUGACGCACUCUGCUGCAGAGGGCAAUACAACAGCCCAGAGAUCUGCAAGCCCUCCGCGUUUUCAUUGUUUUACAAACACGCUUGUCCAUCCACUUUCACGUACGCCCACGACACUCCAUCGCUGAUGCACGAGUGCGCCGCUCCCCAUGAGCUCAAAGUCAUAUUCUGCCAUUAAUCAAUCCAUCCCGACAUACCAACCCGGUUGCUCUGUGUUAUGGAAUGUAAAAUUUAGGAUUUCUUGUGGUUGUUAAUCCUUAAGUCUCGUGUUUCUGUCUUUGUCACUCUUGUUAAAUAAAGGGCAUUAAAAAAAAUUGUUUUUUUCUUUCUUUUUU